AUGAGUAUACGACAGACCAUUCAAUAUACCAGUCGAAAUAUAAGCUCUCGCUCUUAUACGCCCACUAUUUCCUUCAUCAGAUCACUUUACUUACACAAAGGACCGAGGGUUGAAGGGUUGAAAAGGGACCCCAAAGAAGUAUUUGUAAAUCACAAUGGCACAGAAUACGAACUUAACCAAGACAACAUUCAACACAUCAAAUCAUACCUUGGGUCAAGGUACCAGAUCCCUGACGAGAUAGCAUUACAGAUUAUCACCCACAAGUCAUUUGGCAAUGGUAUCAAGCCAUACAAUGAAAAGUUGGCAGCAAUGGGUUCAAAGCUAUUAUCUUUAUUUGCUGCCAAACACGUUGUCAAGAAACACACGGAAAAAGAUGCAAAAUUGGUGAUUGAAGGUAAGAACUUGUCAAUAUUGGGCUCACGGGCAGCAAAAGAACUUUACGGAAGGAGUUCAACUGGAUAUUUUGCCAAACUUAAUGGAUUGAAUAACACAAUGUUUUGGAAAUCGAGGAACCCAACAUUGAGGUUUGAAUCUAGUGGAGAGUUGAAAGUCAGUUCACAGUUGCUAUAUAGUUUGAUUGGUGCGGUUAAUAUCUACCACGGGAAAGCCAAAGCGGAGGAAUUUAUCAGUGAGAAUUUGAUAAAGGGGUUGGAGGAGAUUACAAAAGAGCUUGUACAUAGAGGAUAA